AUGGAGGGCAAGUGCUGCAGUCGAUUUCUGGUUUGCUCCAAGACAACCACCUAUACCUUUCUGCUUGGAGGAGUGUUUAUUGCGCUGGGCUCAAGUCGGAUCCUCUUGAUGAAGUAUUCUGCCAAUGAAGAUAACAAAUAUGAUUACCUUCCUACAACAGUGAACAUAUGUUCUGAAGUAGUAAAACUGAUCCUGUGUGUUGUAUUGGCACUGUGGGUUAAGAAAAAAGAGGGUUGCUUGGAUCGCCCUUUUGAAUGUUUUUCCUGGAAGAAUUUUUGUAAUUCCAUGAAAUGGUCAAUUCCUGCUUUUCUUUACUUUUUGGAUAACUUGAUUGUCUUCUACGUCCUGUCCUACCUCCAGCCAGCAAUGGCUGUACUAUUCUCAAAUUUUGUCAUUAUAACAACAGCUCUUCUCUUCAGGAUAGUGCUAAAGCGAAAACUCUCUUGGGUACAAUGGGCAUCCCUGGUGAUUUUAUUCCUGUCCAUCGUUGCCCUGACUCUAGGAACCGGAGGCCAUCAGCAAAGCUUGGCUGUGCACGGAUUCCAUCACAGUAUGUUUUUUAGUCCAGCUAACCACUGCCUUCUCUAUGCCGGCCCUGAGGAAGCAUGCCUGGAAAAGGGCAACUGCGAGGCACCAAGUUUCCUUCCCAGCUUCCAGUGGAAUGUCACCAGUACCAUGGCAGGAGCAUUGAAACCUCUCCGCCUCAGCCUGGGCCAUCUGCUUAUUUUAGUGCAGUGUUUCAUUUCUGCCCUGGCUAACAUCUACAACGAAAAGAUCUUGAAAGAUGGGGAUCAGCUUGCUGAAAGCAUCUUCAUGCAGAACAGCAAACUCUAUGCCUUUGGGGUGCUGUUCAAUGGGCUUAUGCUGGGGCUGCGGGCCAAGGACCGGAGGCAGAUAGGGAACUGUGGCUUCUUUUAUGGGCACAACAUCUUCUCAGUGGCUCUUAUAUUUGUCACAGCUUUCCUGGGGCUGUCUGUAGCCUUCAUCUUGAAGUUCCGAGACAAUAUGUUCCAUGUUAUGACUGCUCAGAUCACCACUGUCAUCAUCACCUCCGUCUCAUUCGUCAUCUUUGACUUCAGGCCUUCUCUAGAGUUCUUUUUGGAAGCUCCUGUAGUGCUUCUCUCCAUAUUCAUCUAUAAUGCCAGUAAACCAAGAGGCCUGGAAUAUGCCACUCUGCGGGAAAGGGGCAAACUUGUCAAAGGAGAUGCAUGGGAGAGGUCAAGUGGGGAUGGAGAAGAAUUUGAGAGACUGAACAAACCAAGCAGCGACAUUGAUACAGAUGAAGAUUCCCUCUAGCAUGAGGCUAGCUCAGAGGAGUGCUAUUAGUCAUAGUGAGAGAAUG